AUGGAGGAAAGCGCGCCAUACAGCGUCCGACUGGAGGCGGACAAGGCGCUGCACUUGGUGAAGCAGGGAUCGUCGCUGCUGCUACUGGAUUUGCCGCCAUCGCUCUCCUUCGGGAUCGAUUUGCAGAUGUUUGUGGUCGGGACGAUGUUCCGCGGCGUGAAAAUGGUGCCUCCGGGGCCGCAUUUCAUCUACUACUCCGUGAUGAGCAGGAGUGGAGAUGCCGCUCCAGUGACUGGUUUCUUCAUUACGGGAACGCAAUCGAAGGUUAUAGUAAUGCGAUGGGAUUCCCAACAGGAAAUCUUUGUGAAGCUUACAGAUCCGGCAGAGGAGGAGAGAUAUGCUUAUGCAGUUCGAAACCUCGAGUUUGAUAAGAAUCUAGCUCCUUACGAUCUUCACCACUUUCGACGCUGGGAAGAACUUAGCAACUACGUCACUCCGGCCGUGAUUAAACGGCAUGAGCCUCGCGACGGAGUCAUAUCUGUCGUAGCAGAAGCAGAACUUGUCGAGCAACAUCCUCAGACCGCAGCAGAGAGGAUGAUGGUCGAGCAAAUCAUCAAAGGAAAAGAGACUUACGGCUUUAGAAACAAAGAAGGCGGUGAAGGGUCCACUCAAGACAGGAGUCGCUGUCGCUACACUCGUUUACCUAGACUUCUAAAGCGUUCUGGUGCAGAGGCCAAAGAUUUGACUUCGUUAAACCUGGACAAGUCCAUAGCUCUUGAGAAGGCUCUGAAAGAAUCUUACGAUGGAAGCGAGGAGCUUCUACUAGGAGAGCUUCAGUUCGCUUAUAUAGCCUUUUUGAUGGGACAAUCUCUUGAAGGAUUUAGUCAGUGGAAAUCCAUCGUGAGUCUUAUGUUCGGCUGUCAGGAGGCACCACUAAGGACUCGGACACGGCUUUUUGUCAAGUUUCUGGAAGUGCUGUAUCAUCAAAUGAGGCAGGGACUCAAGAACAACAAGUCAGACGUUGCUCUCGACGAUUCCUCGUGGUUCUCAGCCGACAAUUUCUUCCGGUUGCUCUCGAAGGACUUUUUACUCAUGCUGAAGACCACUCAGCCUGUUGACGGAGAGCUCCUCAUGCAGGCAAGGAGGCUCAAACACUUGCUCGAGAGCCGUCUGGGGUGGGACCUUGACAACGAAAUUAGCGAUGCAAAUGUAGAUGAUGACGAGUACGCUCCCGUAGUCGUAAUGGACGUCUAGAAAAAGCUUCUAUUGCUUUCGAGUGCUUGUUAAUUGAAUGCGUUGGCAAAACCAUUUCAAGCGUACUUGUGGGAAGGUUUGCAAUUGGGAAUUUACAAUUUGUUU